GAAGGUCAGCCGGCAAGAUGGCGGCGGCGGCGACCUUCCUGAGGCUCCUGGGCCGGGGCGGCGCGGUGACGCGCGGCCUGCCCGGGGGCGCCAGGUGCUUCGGGGUGCGGACCUCGCCGACCGGGGAGAAGGUCACGCACACCGGCCAGGUUUAUGACGAUGAAGACUACAGGAGAGUUCGAUUUGUAGGUCGUCAGAAAGAGGUGAACGAGAACUUCGCCAUUGAUCUGAUAGCGGAGCAGCCUGUGAGCCAAGUCGGGAGUCGGGUGAUAUCGUGCGACGGCGGCGGGGGGGCCCUGGGCCACCCCCGAGUGUACAUAAACCUGGACAAGGAAACGAAGACGGGGACGUGCGGCUACUGCGGCCUGCAGUUCCGGCAGCAGCACCACUAGGGCGGCCUCGUGGCCAGAGCCGUUGCCGGGUCCCAGUGAAGGGUGUGCCGGAGGGCCCGAGCGUGCUGAGCGCGUCUCUCUCGGUCACUGAGGCCCAGCCCUCCAGGGACCCGGCUGCUGGGGCCAGCUCAGCUCCGCCAGGCACUCUGGCCCACCCGCUCCUCGGCCGCCUGGUCUGAAAUCCCAGAAAGUUAAGUACUGUUUGAAGGUGUUAACAGUCACGUGUGGACUGAUUUAAGUACUCUGUGUGUAUUUAAGAGGCUAAUGGUUAUGAUGUAUUGUUCCACAAAAAUAAAAUCAGAAGGGGAGAGGA